UGUAGCAAACUUUCCAUUUGUGUACAUGCGCACAAAGCAGUGGGUACAACCGUGACCAAAAAUUACAGUUGUGUUCUUCAGGCUUUCGUAAAUUUUUUUAACGAGUUGACGUAAAUUUUCUUGAAUAGAGCCCUCUAGAAUUUCCGAAUAGAAACCCCCUUCGACCUUUUCAUUUGCCCCAUUGAUCAGAAAUUUUAUAGUUUUCGUCAUCUUAAGCGAUAAUGCUGUUCAGGACGCUUGUCAUUGAUGAAGCGAAAAAUAUUUUCGGUGCACACGUCAGCCCCAUUGUUGGCUAUUCCCAUUACCGAGGAAAUGGAGGCGAAUGCGUUAACUCCGAGCGCUCUGUUUUCUGCUGAUUUUGACCGCGAGAAAGACUGUUAGGGACACUUCAGAGUAUACGUUCACGUGUAUAAGAUUGUCGGCUAAGCUGCUGCAGAAGCUCGGUGCGGAAAAACCUGCUUUGGGCGGGUUAAGGCCCUAAAUUUACACACACAUUGAUUUUCCUCGUUUGCUCGUCCGUCACUUUUGGCGCGAAAUUUAAAAGCCGCCUCUUGGGGUGGUCUACAGCGCGUGGUGAAUCUAUUAUCUGGUGCCGCAGCUCUAACGAUGAACCAAAAUGGCUCUGGACGAGGCUUCAAGAGGCAGCACUAGGAUAAAAUAAUCCGGCGAGGUCCAAUUCAAAGAGCAUAAUUUAAUCAUCAGUACCUGAGAACCCAAGAUGACUAUCAUUGUUUUCCUCAUCGACACCUCGGCGUCGAUGAACCAGCGUGCCUUUAACGGCGGCAGGCCCACCCUGAUCGACGUGGCCAAGAGUGCAGUCGAAACGUUUGUCAAAUUCCGAUCCAGAAACAACGAGAGUCGCGGUGACCGAUACAUGCUUUUAACUUUCGACGAACCGCCUCACAACGUUAAGGCUGGAUGGAAGGAAAGCCUGCAGGUGUUCAUGAACGAGCUGAGAAACCUGCAGGCUACGAGCAUGACCACAAUUGGCCAAACGCUUGGGCAGGUAUUCGACCUGCUCAACAUUAACAGAAUGACAACAGGCAUCGACACUUACGGCAUGGGCCGUUGUCCCUGGUACCUCGAGCCAUCGUUCAUCGUGGUCAUCACAGACGGUGGAAAGCUGUCCACCAUUCAUAAUGUCCAAAACGAAUUCAAUGUGCCCAUAAACAACCAGAUCAAAGGGAUCGAGCUUACGCGUGAGCCGUUCAGGUGGGACCAGCGGAUGUACGCGUUGGUCCUCAGGAUGUCUGGCACCCCUCCUGUUGACAGCAGGGAUCCUAACGUCACCAUAGUUCCAAGUGAUUGUUCUAUCAUCGACACCAUGUGCGAGGUCACAGGAGGUCGUUCGUAUUGCAUUACGACACAGAAAAUUCUGAAUCAAGUCCUGGAGAAUUUGGUGUUGAAAGUAACCAACGGCGUUGUGAUACACUUUGAAAAGCAUGGGAUAGACCCGAUCCCGGUAAACACAACGGAUUUGAUGGAGGGCGGUGAGGAUCUCGAGCUGGUACCGCAAUUCAAUUCCUCGCGGCCGCAGACGCCGACCGGUGGCGGCAACGGCGUCAACAUCCAAAACACUGCUUGGCACUCUUGUCGAAAGCUCAUCUACGUCGGUCGCUCAACACCAAACAAAGGCUACACCCAAGGCUACUGGCCCAUCCCUGAAAGCUUCUGGCCAGAUUCGAACCUCACAGCCCUGCCUGUGCGGUCAGCGCAACCAAACGUCAAGUUCGUUUGCAUCAAUCUUGAACCGAUGGUGGUGGAUAACUUUCCGUUUGACAAAUACGAACUGGAGCCAAGUCCACUGACGCAGCACAUCUUGUCGAGGAAGCAGCCAAACUCUUGUUGGCAGGUUUUCGUGCCAGGUAGUUCGAAAAACAGUGAACUUGGUUUUCCUUUUGGAUACCUGAAGGCUAGCGGCAACCUGCUGCAGGUCAACUUGUUCAUCAUGCCGUACAAUUAUCCUGUUUGUCUGAGCCUGAUCGAUGAUUUCUACAAAGUGCACCAUCAAAAACCGACUCAAGAAUGGAGAAAUGCGUUCCAAAAUUACAUCCGUUCCGUACCCUUUUACUACAUUCAACCUCUGAAGCGGGCUCUUCUAAAACUAAAUUUAAUUAAUUUGAUACCCGGAAUCAUGCCCGAAGAACCUACAUACCAGCACUGUGUAACUAACUACCUGAAACUUGUCAAGACUUUGGCCAAGGCGGAGCAAGAGAGGCUGAUCACUGCAGUUGCCAAGGCGAAGCAAAUGACAAUCAACGAUGGCAUCAAGUUGCAACUUCGCUCGGCACUCAGGCGUGAAAUUGUGACACAUCCACUCCUCCAAGAUAAAUUCUCGCACCUGAGGGAGCAAAUGGUGGAUUUCAACAACUUUAUCAUCAACACAAGAGCGGUGCGCGUGACACGCUGCCUCAGCUACCGUAACCCGUUCGAUGUGCCGCGGAAGAGCCUGCUGGAUCAAUUAGUGCGGAUGCGCUCCAACUUUGGCAAGCCGCUUAACAACAGCUACUCGCUGCUCCACGACGAUGACGAGGCGCACAGCAUGCCUGUCAGUCAAAUGGGCAACUACCAGGAGUACCUGAAGCGCAGCCCGCCCAAUCUCAGGGAGCUUGAGUCGGCACCUGUCAGGCAGCACAUUUUUGGAAAUCCUUUCAAGCUCGACAAGCGGGUGAUGGUGGACGAGGCGGACAUGGAACAGACGAAAUCAGAAGGCGGUGGAGGCUCGCGGAAGCGGCCGGCGCCUGAUUCGUCGCCGGCAAUGGCACCCCGUAUCGGGCGCGUCCGAAAGCCGGGCCCGCUGCCCAGGGACUACGUGUUUCGGCGGCCCUGCACCCCGUAUCCCUCCCCAGCCUGCUCGCCACGGCCCCUGUACCCUUCGCCUUUGAUGCUUGGGUCUUCCCCCUAUUCCCCUGCGUCCCCCGCGCCGCCCUUGCAGCUCCCAGAGCCGGAGAUGCUUGAGAACAGGCUGCCAACGCAUCUUGUGAACGGCACUGCAGAUCAUAGUGAGCGCGCGCGGUCGCCGUCGCCCGAGCUGAUCUUCCUUCCAGAGCCGCCGCUACCAUCGCCACCACCGUCAAUACACUUGGCGGCGGCGCCGCCUCUCCCACCAGCGGCCAGCACCAACCACGUGGGGGUGGUGCCUUCUGUGACAAACCACCUGGGCAAUUCGGCGUUGCGGGUUGAGCCCAGGGUGGCUUCCGUCGCCCCAGUCCAAGCCAAAGUAUCUCCUGAGGAAAUCAAGGAGCACAACAAUAAGCUCUUGAAAAAAAUCUUCAAUGAAAUCAAAAGACCAGGCAAAGUUAAUAUGAGGAACUUGAUAGACCUCAUGAUGUCUGCGAAGGGGGACUCGACAGUGCGACGCAAACUAUAUGCCGAUGUGGUAUCAGAGGCGAAGCGCUACAAAAAGACAAAGUUAGUGUCGGAGCUGGAAAAAUGGUCGCCGAAAGAAGUGAAUGGACAAGCGGCGAGCUAGAUGCAUUUGUGCCGCACUGCCGACAGACUCGCAACUGACAUUAGUGUGUUCGGCAGGUGUGCGGCUUUUAUCCGACCCUGAGAGAUGCCUUGAUCCUCUCACUCCCCAGUCAGUUACUUUUGUACUUUUGCCCCAGCGAACUAUGUUUUGUAAUAAAACCGUAAAUUGUCAAUUGA